AAAGUACAAAAAUACGCUAUGAAAUCUUAACGGAAGUCAUAUAAGUCCAAACACAGCUCUGUUCUCGCUGUGCUGAGGCUAAUCGACAUGGCACAAUUGUCUCUGUAUUUAACAAAUAUAAACAUUUCUUUGGGUCAAACGAUGGAAAACGAAAAGGGUGUGGAUGGGUCAACUAGUUUGGAAAUGCAAGACAUGAGCCAAAAGAAAGUAAAGGUUCCUCGUAGGACUAUCUACUUUGCCAGUGGAGAAACCAUGGAGGAAUAUAGCACUGAUGAGGAAGAGGAUGUAGAACCUGCCCAGAAAGAUGUCCUGCCAGUAGACACAUCAAAAAUGACCUGGGGUCCUUAUGUCUGGUUUCAAAUGUGGAGAAUGGCAACUUCAACAGUCUCAGUAUGUGAUUACAUGGGUGAGAAAAUGGCCUCUCUUUUUGGCAUCACUACUCCUAAAUAUCAAUAUGCUAUUGAUGAAUACUACCGUAUAAAGAAAGAGGAAGAGGAGGAAGAGGAGGAGAAUCGUCUUGCGGAGGAAGCAGAGCGACAGUUUCAACAGAGCAAACAGCCAAGUGAUUCUACCACCAUGCAACAACCAGAGUCAUCAUUUGUAAACAUUAACUUUGACAUUGAACAUGAUUCAUGCCCUGAAAGUCAAGACAUAAAUGGCACAGAUGGUUAGAUUAGAACCUCUAAUAUUUAUGGGGUAAACACACUUUGAUUUUUAAUCAUACUAUUUUUUUAAAUGUUCUUUCUACAUUUUCUUGUUUGUAGAACUCAGUGUAGGAUAUUUUAUUUUUGUUGGCCAAUCACUACAUCUUUUUAAAAAUUUCACUGUAAAACGUAGGUGCAUCUAGACCUCUUGCAUUUACUAACUGCCAAUUUACAAGAAAUGUACAUGUACAAGUUACUGAAUGUUAAUAGUUUCAUUAAUCCUUAAAGUGUCCUUGCUGAAUGUACAGUUGUCAUAAAACUCUAAUUAGAUUAUGUUCAAAUAGAUUUUUCAUGGUAACAAGCUUUAGUUCAGUGGAAGUAAAGCACAAAUGUUUAAUAAUAGCCAUGUGAUUUGCCAAAAAUAUAUACAUUUCUACUACUCCUCUUUAUAUGAAAGAUGUGAUUACAUAAGUACUCCUGAACUAAUUCUGAAUAACUUAAUUUAAUAAUAGAAUAUAAAGGGAAUAGAGUAGGGUAUUUCUACUAGUUUAUGAAAUAUUCCAUUGUGAAGGAUUUUUUUAACAAAUGACCGAGAAGUAUGGAAGCAAAUGUUUUAUUUAACUAUUUUACAUUGAUCUGUACAUAGUAAAUAUUUAUUUUGUGUCUUAAUAAAAAAAAAAAAAAUAAA